AUUCCGACCACCAUUCAUCAUGUUGGCGCGUCGUCGGCCCUUCGUAGCAUCCUACGUGCGUCGCGCUGCUCUGCGAGCGUUGAGCAGUGCUGUCGCCCCUCCCCACUUCGAUGUGGUCGUGGUAGGCGGUGGACACGCGGGCUGCGAAGCUGCCGCAGCUGCCUCCCGAACCGGUGCUAAAACCGCAUUGGUGACGCAGAAGCUGGCAACAAUUGGCGAAAUGUCGUGCAAUCCGUCCAUUGGUGGAGUCGGUAAAGGUACUUUAGUGCGCGAAGUGGACGCAAUGGGUGGCCUCAUGGGCCAGGUGGCCGACGCGGCCGGUAUCCAGUUUCGUAUGCUCAAUUCGGCCAAGGGGCCAGCGGUGAGAGGCCCGCGAGCUCAGAUGGAUCGAGAUUUGUAUCAGCAAGGAAUACAGAAAGCACUACAGGAACUGCCGAAUCUCUGGCUGGUAGAAGAUGGAGUGGACGACCUCAUGUUGGAGAAGAUAAACCAGAGUAACGACGACGUAGAGGAGCGCGUGAAGGGCGUAGUGACGUCUUCAGGUCGCGAGAUUCAGGCUUCACAGGUGGUUAUUACGACGGGCACGUUCCUCCGUGGUAUGAUUUAUCAAGGACCCGAUAUUCGCAUUCCGGCAGGACGACACAUGCGCGACACGGCUGGCCUUGAGCCUCCAGCAGUUGGUCUGGCGCAGACACUAGAGCGUUGCAAAUUUCCCCUUGUGACAACCCGCCGAAGCCAUUUUCCUUCCUGA